AUGUAUGUGGACUUGAAUGUACGCGCAACCGCUCGAGUGUCGGCGGGCGAGCUACAACGAUUGGGCUACGCGAGUGUGUGUAUCAAUGUGGACUGUGAAGGUUCUGAAAUGCCCAAACCAGCGACGACUUUAUCGAGUCUACCACAAGUUGCGCAAAAAGACAAGAAUGGUAAAGUUGCUAAGAAGGCAAAGCUUUACACGGCUGCAGUCGGUAAUGGAUUGCAGCUGAAGGACGCGAGCACAGGUGACAAGAAGGAGUUGCCAAGACAGCGUAAACGCAUUACACUUAAGCUGGAAGAAGUAGUGGAUGCACAAAAGCUGAUUGCAUUGGAUCUAGUCAAGGGAUAUGAUGUCGUAGCUGCUGAAGCAGCGACGCCCAAGGUGUUCCAAUACCUAUGCGAGCAGGCCGACAUUGAUCUAAUCACAUUUGAUGUGACGAACCGACUGCCAUUCCAGAUUAAGCGUCCAUGGGUUACGGCUGCUAUUAAACGUGAUAUUCACUUUGAGAUUACAUACACGCCGUGUCUGGGCGAUACAGCUGGGCGACGAUACUUCUUUUCCAACGCCAGCAACUUGGUCCGUCUCACAGGCGGCAAAAAUCUGGUGUUUUCCAGUGGUGCGACGCGCGAUAUCUUGCUCCGCUCGCCCUACGACGUCAUUAACAUUGGGCUUCUGUCUGGACUCAAGUAUGGCCAGGCACUUGACGCUAUUUCCACAUCAUGCUUGGCCGUGCUGGAACAUGCAGACAAGCGCAGGGGAAUCAUUGGGGGCGUCCAGGUAGAAGCCACUGAAGAUAUAGCCAUGGAAUAG